AUGAUCAUUAUAAUCAUGUUUAUGAUUGUGAUUACGACCAUGGCAGUUGUGAUUAUGAUUGCGGUGAUUAUGAUGAUUAUUAUUGUGGUUACGAUCAUGGUUAUUACGAUUGUGAUUAUGAUGGCUGACUAUGAUUACGAUAUGAUUAUGUUGAUCGUGAUUAUGAUGAUUACAAUUAUCAUGAUCAUGAUUAUGAUGAAUGCGAUUAUGGUGACUGCGACUAUGAUUAUGAUGAUUACGAUUAUGAUGCCCAUGACUAUGAUUACGAUGAUUAUGGUUGUGAUUGCGAUUAUGAUGAUUGUAAUUACAGUUAUGAUUAUGAUGACCACGAUUAUAUCUAUGAUUAUGACCAUCAUGACUGAUUACGAUGACUACGAUUGUGAUCACGAUUAUGAUUAUGGUGAUAAUGAUUAUAAUUACGACUAUGAUUAUGAUAAUUGCGAUUGUGAUUAUGAUUGCGAUUACGACUACGAUGAUUAUGAUCACGAUUAUGAUGAUCAUUACGAUCAUGAUUGUGAUAACGGUCCUGAUUACGGUUACGAUUACGAUUAUGACUACGAGUAUGAUUAG